CAGAUUAUAGAUGGCUCAUAUAAAGCGGAUUUUUUCUAUCCUUAUCAUCAUUCACUUGUGGGAACUGCGAAUGAAACAAUGAAGUCUUUCCUGUGGUGCUCCUUCGUGAUCUUCGUCGCCUUGGCCGAAGCCAAGACGACCAAAAUCACCCCCUCCAACCAAAAAAGAAGUCUAGGCCUGGAAGCAUCACUCUACGGAGCUUCACUGGGAGUUCCUGUGGUUUCCGGCUCGACACUUGGCUCUGGUCUUUUCACACCCGCCAUUUCCUACGACUCCAGCAGCGCCCUUUUGGGCGGAGCCGCUUUUGGCUCAUCUGGUAGCUUAAGUUCCGGGGUGAGCACAGUAUUCGACUCUGGUUCCGUCAGCGGAGUGUCCACCGGACUUGGCAGUGGAAUCAGCACCGGAUUAGUCAGCGGCGUCACCAGCGGUUUGGGCAGCGGCAUCGGCAGUGGAUUGGUGAGCGGAGCCAGCAGUGGGCUCGGUAGCGGAAUCGGCAGUGGAUUGGUGAGCGGAGUCAGCAGCGGGCUGGGUAGCGGAAUCGGCAGUGGAUUGGUGAGCGGAGUCAGCAGCGGGCUGGGUAGCGGUAUCGGCAGUGGAUUGGUGAGCGGAGUCAGCAGCGGGCUGGGUAGUGGAAUAGGCAGCGAGAUAAUCAGCGGGGUCGGCAGCGGAUUGGUGUCUGACGUCAGUGUAUCUUCUGCUGGAGCGUCAGGUUUGAGCAGCUUCGCCCCAGCUUUCAGUACCGUCGGCCCUGCCGUCGGUACCGUGUCUGUCGGCUCCGUCGCGCCUGUCGUGGUGUCCCAAACUCACGAGUACCGCCAUCUGAGCCAACAAGUACCGGUAGCAGUGCCCACACCAGUACCAGUAACUGUAACGAAAACCGUCCCUGUACCACAACCCUACAAGGUAGAUGUUCCCAAGCCUUACGCAGUACCAGUACAAGUGAAAGUACCAGUGGACGUACCCAAACCGUACGCCGUCAAAGUGCCAUAUAAGGUCUCAGUACCUGUUGCUGUCAGUGUCCCCGUCGAAGUCCCCAGGCCCUAUGCAGUCUAUCAGACCAAGCAAGUCAAAGUUGAUGUUGAGAAACCAGUACUAGUCAAGGUACCAGUCCAUGUGAAAGUACCAGUCCCACAGCCCUACAAAGUAGACGUACCCACACCUGUCGCAGUCAGAGUACCACACCCCGUCGUUGUCAAAGUACCACAAGUAUACCACACCAGCAGCAAGCAACACUACAACAACCCAGGAAUUGUUUAUGGAGGUGAAUUUAAUCAAGGAAUCUACGGCCUCGGCAGCAACUACUACGGCCUUGGCGGAGUAAGUAGCAUCAGCAGUGACGCCGUGAGCAGCGGCUUCGAUGGGGCCGUUGGAGGAGUGAGUAGCGUCGUCAGCCCUGGCUCUGGUGUAGUCGGAAGUCUCGGAGGAAUCGGCAGCACCCUCAGUCCCAUCAACGGCAUUUACGGAGGACUCGGGUCAGUCAGCAGCACGCUCAGCCCCAUUAGCUCCUUCGACGGCAGCUUUGGAGCAGUAAGUGGUGCCCUGCCCGUUGGCGGCAUCAUCAGCAGCACCAUCAGCCCAAUCAUAGGUGGAAUCAGCAGCGGAUCCGGUUUUGGUGAUUUCAGUUCCCUAGGAGGAUCCUUUGGAAUAGGCUCUGGAGACGCUUUCCAAAGUGGUGUCUCCGCCACCACCCCCGCUACUGACGCUGUGCACGCUGAGGGCGAUUCCAUUUCUGUAGAAGGAAGGAGCGGUGAAGCAGUCACUGAAAGUUCUUACGAUGGAGGCAUUUCAUCGUCCUUCUCGGCUGUUACCCCUGCAUCAAGCUCUGAUGAGGACAAAACCCUUCCAGAUGUGGAAAUCACUUCUCCAAGUGGUUUGUAAGGAUGGGGCGGGGUAGCCUUUAAGUAUUAUGUAAAUAUUUCGCUCAACAAUUCUUGUUUAUGUUUGUUAAAAUGUAUUGAACGCAAGGAUAGAAAAUAAAACAUUCGUUUUUUUAUUGUAA